AAGAUGGUGGUCUCCACAGGAGUUAAAUUUCCCCAUAAUUUUCAUGUGUUGGGAGAACUUGAAGGACAAAAAGGAGUAGGUGAUGGUACAGUUAGCUGGGGCCUUGAAGAUGAUGAUGAUAUGACACUUAGAAGGUGGACAGGAAUAAUUAUCAGAUCACCAAGAACUAACUAUGAAAACAGUAUCUAUAGCCUGAAAGUAGAAUGUGGAUCUAAAUACCCAGAAGCUCCUCCAUCAGUAAGAUUUGUAACAAAGAUAAUUAAUGAGUGGAUAAAUAAUUCCAAUGGAUGGUGGGUGCAUGGAGCUUAUCAUGUAAGUUUUAGUGAAAUGAAAAAAAUAUCCUAUAGCAUUAAAGUUGUGCCUCAAGAUCUAAGAUGUCUAAUGAUGUGCAAAGAAAACAUGGAGCUUCCACAGCCACUAGAAGGACAGACAGACAGCAAUUAA